GCGACGGAAGCAGGAACUUGCUAACCACAAAACCCGCCGGGCCGGUGCGGGAGCUGCGGAGCGUCCCCUGCCGUCCUCGCCGAGACAGUCGCGCGGAUUCGCCGGUCCUUCCCGCGGGCGCCACAGAGCUGUCCUCGCACCCGGAGGGCAGCAGGGGCCCCGGGGUCUUCUCGCCGCCAGAGAGAAAUUUCAUCACGUGUGCAAAGUUCUUAAAGCAAACUAGGACCAGAGGGAGGAUUAUCCUUGAUCUUUGAAGACUAAAACUAAACUGAAAUUUAAAAUGUUCUUCAGGGGGGAAGGGAGAUUAACUUCCACUUUGGUGAUAACUUGUUUGCUGACACUAAGGCUGUCUGCCGGUCAGAAUUGCCUCAACAAGAGUCUCGAAGAUGCUGUCAUUGACAUCCAGUCAUCUCUUUCUAAGGGAAUCAGAGGCAAUGAGCCCAUAUAUACUUUAACUCAAGAAGACUGCAUUCAUUCUUGCUGUUCAACAGAAAACAUAUCAGGGGACAAAGCAUGUAACUUGAUGAUCUUCGACACGCGAAAAGCAGCUAGACAACCCAACUGCUACCUAUUUUCCUGUCCCAGUGAGGAAGCCUGUCCACUGAAACCAGCAAAAGGACUCAUGACUUACAGGAUAAGUAGAGAUUUUCAAUCUUUGACCAGAACUGAUAUGCCAAGCCGAGAGUCAGCACAGGAAGAUUCUCUCUUACAUGGCCAGUCUUCACAAGCGGUCACUCCCCCAGCCCAUCAUCACACAGGUUAUUCGAAGCCCACCAAUAUCUCAUGGAAAGACACACUGUCUCAGAAGUCUGGAUCCUCAGAUCACUUGGAGAAAUUAUUUAAGAUUGACGAAGCAAGUGCCCAGCUCCUUGUUUCUAAAGAAAAAGGCCAUUCUCAGAGUUCACAGUUUUCCUCCAGGGAAGAAAAAGCUCAUCUGCUGCCUGGAAAUGUGAGUGCAUUCCCAACUACAGUGGCAGUUACUUCUCCACCUACCACCUCGGCCACUCCAAAGCCCGCCGUCCUUCUACCCACCAAUGCUUCAGCGGCACCUUCUGGGACUUCCCAGCCACAGCUGGCCACCACAGCUCCACCUGUAACCACUGUCACUUCUCAGCCUCCCACGACCCUCAUUUCUACAGUUUUUACACGGGCUGUGGCUACACUCCAGGCGAUGGCUACAACAGCAGUCCUGACUACCACCUUUCAGGUACCUACAGACUCGAAAGGCAGCCUAGGAACGAUACCAUUUACAGAAACCUCCAACCUGACUUUGAACAUGGGGAAUGUGUAUAAUCCUACCGCAUUUUCUACGUCAAAUGCGGAGUCUUCCACUACAAAUGAAACUGCUUCCUGGGAAGGUCGGGACGCCAGCGUAGGCAGUUCCUCCCAGGGCAGCGUUCCUGAAAAUCAGUAUGGCAUUCCAUUUGAAAAAUGGCUUCUCAUCGGGUCCCUGCUCUUUGGUGUCCUGUUCCUGGUGAUAGGCCUCGUCCUCUUGGGUAGAAUCCUCUCGGAAUCGCUCCGCAGGAAACGUUACUCAAGACUUGAUUAUUUGAUCAAUGGGAUCUAUGUGGACAUCUAAGGAUGGAACUGAGUGUCUCAAUUCAUUUAGUAACUAGAAGCCCAAGUGCAGUCAGUUCCUGCUGACUUGCUGGUCUUAGCAGGAGGUUGUAUUUCGAAGACAGGAAAAUGCCCCCUUCUGCUUUCUUUCUGUUUGGUUUUUGAGGAGGAGUGAAGUGGGAACCAAAUUAGGUAAUUUGGGUAAUCUGUCUCUAAAAUACCAGCUGAAAACAAAGUGCUACCUAAACUAAUAAAGUAUAAUUGCCAUAGAAAUGUCAAAAUUCGACUGGCUUUUAUGCAAAGAAGCAGCUUAGGACAUCUAGGUUCCAAUUCAUUAAUAUUCUUGGUUCCAGAUAAAAUCAACUGUUUAUAUCAAUUUCUAAUGGAUUUGCUUUUCUUUUUAUAUGAAUUCCAAUAAAACUUAUUCCAGAUGGAGUUCCUUCCAAUGAAA